UUUUGCUUGUUUGGCCUAAGUAUUGUGAAAGAACAUGAAUUACAAGCCACUGAAUUACGUGACAGCAGAGAUCUUUAUCACCUACAAAAUGAGAGGAAAAAGGCCCUGCAAGAAGCAUGUAAGAAUACUUCAUUGACUCACAAUUACAAUGAUGCAAUCAAGUUAAUGCAAGUAAACCAUAAAGAUCAAAUUUUAUACUGUGGCAUAGCCAAAGUUGGUUGCACAUUCUUAAAACGUUUGCUGCAUGUCUUAAACAGUGAAAAACUCUAUAAAUCUCCAUUUGAUAUCACUCCAAACAAUAUACAUAUGAUGCACUCUACCCUGAUUGGAGACCUUAAAGAACCUAAUAAAUCACUUGUUGAAAUCAAUUACAAAACAUUUUUAUUUGUACGAAAUCCUUACAAGAGACUCUUUUCUGGUUAUGUUGAUAAAAUAUUUACACCACAGAUGUCAUUUUUAUCUCACUAUGGAAUUUACAUCAUUAAGAAAUUCAGAAAGAAUCCUUCAGAAAAGAGUUUAAGAUGUGGCCAUGAUGUCACUUUUGCUGAGUUUAUUUCUUAUGUUAUAGAUUCUUGCAAAACUAGAACUAUGACAAACACACACUUUACUCCUAUGUAUCUUCAUUGUGCACCUUGUCAAAUACAUUAUGAUAUGAUUGGACAUUUAGAAACAUUACAGAAUGAUUUGCAGUUUCUAAUCAAACCUGAAAGACUGGAAGCAGUGUUACCAGAGAAUUUUCAAAUGAGUUCCCUAAGAGAUGAAAUUUUUGAUGCCGCAGAUAUAGCAUUUAGGAAUCUGAAGUCUAAUCAAAAUUGUUUUUCACCUUAUGAGAUUUUGGAACGCAUAUGGCGCCGUUUACAAAUACGUGGUAUAUUGAAUCAAAAGUUCAGUCUUCCAUUAACCCCUGAAAAGGCUCAAACUAUAAAGCAAGAUGAUUUUUAUAAGAUGUUAAACACAUAUCUAGAGAAAUCUCAGAUGGAUCCAAGCACUUUUAACAACAGACGUGAAGCUAUCAAUGAAGCUUUUGGCACAGUGCCUUUACAUAUAUUGGAAAAACUGCAGUCACACAUGGAAAUAGAUUGUAAACUCUUUGGAUAUGACACUCAACCAGAUUUUGUAUUUAAAGCAAAAAAUUACGUGAACAAAAAGUUUAAGUAUUUUAAUGAAACAAGCAAUUAAAUUUUAUUUAUAAUACCGAA